GGGGGGGUUGGGGUGACAGACCGGAAGACGCCCUUGUCUCCGCCCACUGUUUUUUUUUUGUUUGUGUUUUGUUUUGUUUUUUGAUGGUUUGCGAGUGAGUUGGGAUCCAUCUAGGGCGCCUGCGUAGCAAAUACGCAUGCGUCACCGGAAAAACCUUUUGGGACUGUUUAAAAGAAGGCGGUGGAAUUUGACCUGAUAAUUGAACUAUUAAUUUGUUCUGCGUAAGUCAAGAUGCCUGGCAAAGCAGGUACAAGUAGAAAAAUAGGAAACAAAUCGACACAGGAGAGUAAAUCUGAAUACCAUACAAAAACUGGAAAAAGGAAAGUUGAUAAUGGAGAUACUAAGGAUGCAGAAAAAGAGGUAAGACUGUCAACCAAACAAAUGAAGAAACAACCAAAAAGUCCUUUACAAGCAACUAAGAAAAAUACAAAUACAAAAAAGAAAACCUUGAAAAAUAAAGUAACAUGGCAGCCUCUUUCAAAAGACAGUCAAGGACAUUUUGAAGAUAUGGUGGAGUCUAUAAUAUUAUCUGUUUUGAGAGAUGAAGUAAAAGAAAAGGAAAACAUUCAAAUUCAUCUUAACUGCCUAAAGGAAAGAUUUCUUCAAUUGUGUGAAAAGCAGAAAGUCUCUCUAGGAGAGUGGAGCAGUCUAAAGAAAGUAUCAGAUCUCUGUCUAAAGGAAAUGGAGACUCUUGAGGCAAAUCAAGAAGGCUUGGAGUUAUUGCAGGAAGAAACUAAAAAAGCAGUGAAGGCAACAGAGUUAAUAAAUGAGAAUAUUCAGAAACUUCAGGACAAAAUUCGGAUUCUUGAGAAUGAGUUGGAGGAAGAAGAGGAAAAGGCUAAGCUGGUGCUGCAGAGAGAUGAUACCAAGGUCCUUUCUCUUCCAGAACUCCCCAAGGAAAGUAUUGAAGCCCCAAUACUUCAUGAGGAAAUUUUGAAAAGAAUCCCAAAUCAGAAAGAUAUUCUAAAGGACCUACACGUCAUGAAUAAUUCAGCAGAGAUGAAGAACAUGUUAACUUUCAUAAAAGAAGCCUAUAAGAAGCUGGAUACCUCCUAAGUUCUUGUACUAUAUGUUUGUGGACAAUUUAACAUUUAUAAAUCAGUGAAAAUGACUGUUAACUUUAAUGACCUGUAGAUAUUGUAGAGGAUAUGACAGUCAUGGGGAUUACAAGUCUCCCGUUCAUCACAGGCACUUUUUUUCUUAAAAACAAAUAAAUAAAUAAAUGAAUGAAUAAACAAACAAACAAAUAAAUAAAUAAAUGAAUAAAUAAGUAAAUAAAUAAAUAAAUGAAUGAAUGAAUAAGCAUUUCGUAUUAACUGAAAAUCCAGAGAGGCCCUAGAUCAUUGCCACAAAUGACCACUUCUAGGUGCUGUAGUCUCCCCAUUCCACAUUUUUCUGCUAUGUGCCUUAGAAUGGGGCACUUAAAAAUCAAGCUGUUUUCAGCUACUGUGACUUUUCUAGGACCAAAGUUUUAGUGAAUAUAGCUCAGGUAUUUUGAAUCAUGGGAUCAAUAUAAUAAAAUAUAAGAUACAUGUCAAUUAAUAUGUAUCUUUCAGAAGUGGCUAAACUUUUGAUAGUUGGUCAUUUAGAGAUUGAAGAACUACCCUAUCUUUUUCUAUCUCUUCUCUCAGUAUUUUCCUCUUUCUGAUGUCUCUCUGACCUUCCAGUGAGCUUCUUUUACAAUUUUCACUGAUUAUCCAUAUUUUUGGUAAACUAGAGAAACUGGGAGAUUUUUUUAUGAUUGUGAUUUGGAAUGUCUAAUUGCAUCAGCAUUUUAUUUCUAUGAGUGUAUUAUAAAUGCCAAACCCCUUUUCCUCCGCAGGUUAUCAUUGAGGCAUAAUUGUGUCCCAGAAGACUGAUUACUAAAGAAAUGCAUGUAUACUCUGUCCUCUUAGACUGUCAACUUAAAUAUAACCUAACUGCAAUACCUGAGGCUUAUUUUUUUUUGACACUUUUUUUUGGUUCUUUAAUGACACCAUAUAGUGAUCUCAAUAACAAUAAAUUUAUUGCUGUAUAACUGAAACAGUAGUAUUUUAAAGCUAUUUCAAAUAAAAAUAAAACAAUUUUACUGUUUCAAAUAGAUUCUUUGGGGAAAUCAGGGCAUUGUCUGUUGGG